GUUUUAUAUGAACCGUGAUGUGUACCACAAGUGACUCAAACGCAUUAAUUGUCGACGGUCUCGCAUACUCAUUGAGAUAUUGGGCCUUGCGUACGUAUGGGGGUUUGAAGAUGCAACGGAAAUUAUCUCGACAUUUUGGUGUUGAAGUUUUUCUUUGUAGUUUUUAAAUUUUUAAAAUGGAUACAGUAGAUGACUAUUCUGAAGUACAAAUGUCGCCAGUAGUAAAAUUAACUGAUGGCAUUGACAUGAGGAAAUUAAUAGAUGAUUCUUUUACAACAUUUAAAGUGGAUGUCAGUGACAAUGUUGAAAACAAUGUCUCCUACUUUGAUAAAGAUGAGUUACUGCAGUGUGUUAAUUUUGAUUGUAUUAAUGCUGACUCAGAUGAAGACAGUAGUAGUGUAGAGCCAGAAGAAACUCCUUUUCAAAAAAUUGCUUCAAAAAUGACAAAUUUAACACAGGAUGGAAAGGUUAAGAAACGGGAAAUUCAACCAGGUUCUGGGUGUAUAGUCCCUGAGAGAGCUCUUGUAACAGUCCACUACAAUGCUUAUGUCGAAUAUGGUGAUGAACCAUAUGACUCAACUUGGUUGCGUGGAUACCCCAAAAUGGGUCACCUUGGGCAGAGUUUCAUCAUAGGGCUUGAUAUUGGCAUUGCUUCCAUGAAGAAGGGAGAGACUUCAAGGUUUCUUUUGCAUCCUGAUGUUGCUUAUGGAAAAUUGGGCUGUCCACCAAGAAUUCCACAAAAGAAUGGUGUUUGAAAUGGAAUGUUGGCUUUGGAACUAUUCAGAUAUUGGUAGCCUGUGUUUACAUGAGUGUCAAGGUAGGUCGAUUAGUUUGUUAAUGCAUUGAACAGUUGCCAGUGAAUGACUCAGUCUCAGUGAGUCUCUCUCUCUGAACUGUAAAAUUUAAUACAGCUAUAUUACAUCACUGGAAAAACUGUUGUACAUAUUAACAAGAUGUAAUU